CCGACACCAUCCAUUUAAAUCAUGAACAUUGGACUGGAAACUGGAUAUAAAACCGUUUCUGUCAGCACAUUUCAGCAGGGAGUCCCGCGGGUUGUAGCGUCCUUUCCGGCAAUUGUCUCGUAUCGGGAAGACCAGACCGAGUGGUACUUUGGCCUAGAAGCGCGCAGCUACCGCAACGAGCCCACCUUUGAACAUCUCCGUUCCCUUAAAACACCCUCUUGGAUACGGCAGCAAAGCAAUCGGUUCCACUACUCCUAUCUGCACUUUUAGAGAGAUUCCUGCUCUAUGUCAAGCAGGUGGCCGCCGCUAGCGGGGUCCCCAGUGUAACAGGAAUGUGUCUGGUUCUGCCGGAAGUUGUGCUGGAGCAUACUACGAUGCCGAAAGUGCUCCAGGACGCUUGCCAGCACAGCGACAUUAAAUCGCUCCUGCUAGUCAGCGAAGCCACCGCUGUGUUGCUGGCCUAUGCGACCUUGACACUGGAUCGGCGCAUACCACUGCGACCCGAUAAAUCCAAAGCGCACUUCCUGGUCUAUAACGCCACCUACAACGACAUUCACACCGACACCUUCGAGGUGGUGCGCACGAACUAUCUGGCACACUUAGCUAAUGCGUCGCUUCUGAAUGUCUUCAGUAAGAUGCGGGAUCGUCUGCUGGAAAAGGUCAUGGAGGGGCUACAGCAAGCCGGUAUGCCGGAGCUGGAAGUUGACUGGCGGAAUUGAACUGGAAAAAGAAUGUGAGCGACAGUGGAAAGAAUUCAACGAAGAGAACACGCAGUCCGUUACCGUAAAGGCACCGUACCAUAGUUAUGAGGUCCUUAUCACACGGCAUCAGUACGAAGAGAUUGUUAUGCCGAUUGUCGACUAUAUUCGCAAUCGGCUUUUGUUGCAGUUAGCGCGCUUAGGUAUGCUGGACACGGGCUCUUGCAUCGCCGGGCCGAUCGAUAUCCUGCUGGUAGGCGAGAAUUCCCGUUUUGUCCCAUUACGCGGCAUUUUGAAGACGUUGCAGCAGAAACCGUUAGACAAACGCAUAGUGAGCUAUGUGGACGAUGCGGAGACCUUUGGCGCAGCGGUGGCCGCUUAUCUGGACAGCCGUGUUUCUCAAGGGGAUCCAGACAUGGUGCAGUUAGUCCAUCGACUGCAGAUCGGAUCCUUACUGGAUAUGGAUGAAGUAGUUAAAGUAGUUAACCAUCUAGAAAAUGGUCACUCUACACAAUCUCUAGAGAUAACCAGUCUGAGCAGCCAUUUGCCGCCGGUAGCUUUUCGGGGCGAAUUGUGCAUGGGAUUCCUGCAGAAAACCGUCCGUUCACCUAAUUUCCUGCUUGUAUUUUCCACGGCAGUCGUAAACGGCAGCAAGGUUCACUGCGUACAGCUGCAGCAAGAUGCCGGACAGAAAUCCAGAGUUUUUCUACACGAGAUCAUUGGGCACCGCUUAGAGAUCUUCUGGGAGCGGAUUCCGGAUGCUCGCUACUGCCUACGAUUGGUCAGUUGGCACAAUACAUCUCGACGAGCGGUGCGCGGUGUGCUGACGUUUCUGCCCGGCAGGCGGGACGACCGCCAACACAUCAGGGACGAAUACGAUAACCGUUACAGCGAGAUGUUGCAGCUGUUUCCUCGCGAUAAACAAGUUGAUCCCAUCGCAACUAACGUCGGCGAACAGACCGCCGCUUUCGUCGCACUAGUGUCACGGCCGCUGAGCGGUCCCACAACCGCAUCCGUCCAGAACGCCGACUUUUAUCCCAGCAUCGUGACGGUUUAUACAGAGCAGCGCAGUCUUAUGAUCGUGAGGCCCAGCGAAGGUAAACACUAUUUCGACGAUGAACUGCAAACAGACUUGCUUCCGAAAGCCCAUUGGAAACUGAUUUACCAGCAUGAUGCGGUCGUCACUGUGCAGAGUGUUGACCACUCAGCUGUUACGCUCUGCUUUCCGGAUUCCAAAACUCUCAAAUGGUUUUCCGACUCUCUCACAGGAACUUUCUCGAUUCAGUACUGA